UUGAAUAAUAAAAAAUUAUUCAAAAUAAGAAAAUGAUCAAUCUAUAUAUGUAAAUUUGAUACAUAAAAUUAUUAUUAAGUUAGGUUAUAUCAUGAAUUAUUAUUCAAGAAAAUUUUUGAUAAUAAGGAAUUUACAUACUUAUUCUACAUUAUUUCGAGAAACACCACAAAAUUUAAAAGGAAAAAAGCAUAGUUCACAAUUAUGGCUUACAAGACAAAUACAAGAUCCUUAUGUGGAAUUGGCUAAACGAGAAAAUUAUAGAUGUAGAAGUGCAUAUAAAUUGUUAGAAAUUAAUGAAAGAUUUAAGAUAUUGACACCAGGAAAAAUUGUAAUUGAUUGUGGAGCUGCUCCUGGCAGUUGGACUCAAGUUGCUGUUAAAUUCACGAAUGCAAAUGCUAAACAAAAAAAUGCUAUUGGAACUGUUUUAGGAAUAGAUAAACAACCAAUUUAUCCUAUUGAAGGUGCAACUUUAUUAAAUGGUAUGGAUUUUACGGCUGCAACAUCUCAAAAUAAAAUCUUGAACAUCUUAAAUGGUCGAAAAGUGAAUGUAUUUUUAUCAGAUAUGGCACCAAAUGCAUCUGGUAUAAAAGAUUUAGAUCAUGAGAAUAUAAUGCAACUUGUAUAUAGUGCUUUAAAAUUUGCUUUACAAAUUAUUCAUAUAAAUGGAAUAUUUGUUUGUAAACUAUGGGAUGGUAAGAAAUCUUUACAAUUGGAGAAAGAUCUGACAAAAUUUUUUAAAUAUGUAAAAAAUAUAAGACCAAAAGCAACAAGAGAUGAGUCUACUGAGAAGUUUCUUAUUGCUCGGGAAUUCAAAGGGACAAAAAGUACAUCCAGUAAUGCAACGUAACAUGCAAUUUCUUUAACAAUUAAGUUAUGUACAAUAAAAAAUUACAAUUACAACGUAA